AUGCGCAGCAAUAAAAAUAAAGGAAAAGCUGUAAAUGCUGCAUCGAAUAAUAAUGGUACUGCUACCACAACUGCAGCAGGAGCGACUUCUACAGAUGCUUCGCAAGUAGCCGCACAAAGCGAUAACACUAACACUACCACUACUGAUCAAUCAGUAGCUGCUAAUGAUACUUCUAAUACUCCUGGUACACCUCAAUGUAACACUGAGCAGGUUCUUGACGAUAAUGCGCCAGCUACAAGCAUUAACGGAAAUGUUUGCGAUUAUGGGAAUGCCACAUCUAGUCAAGUUG